ACCAACGGACUCAGCUUCCACUCCGGCGAAAGGAAAGAUGAAAUCUCUGUUGCUAUUCCUUUCUAUUCUCCUCAUAUCCUCCCACUUCCACAUCACUUACACUGCUACACCUUCCAUACAAGAAAGGUGCACCAAUGAGAUCACUAAGAUGAUGGGGUGCCUUGAGUACUCAACGGCCAAAUCAUCUGAGCCGUCCAAUGGCUGUUGUAACUCGGUGAAGGAUAUCAGGAACAAAGAUGCGGUUUGUUUGUGUUUUAUCAUACAAAAGACGUAUGAAGGUGUACCUCAGCUGAAGGAGUUAGGUUUGCGAGUGGACCGCUUAAUUCAGCUGCCUACUGAUUGCAAGUUGACAAAUACAAGCAUUAGCGACUGUCCAAAGCUUCUGGACUUACCUUCCAACUCUCCUGCCAAUGCUAUCUUCACCAAUAACGCUACUACUACUCCAGCCACUUCGCAUCCCGAUACAGCGGCCCCAAAAUCCAACGGCUUCGUGCGUGGGGCUGGGGCCAUCAUCGUGAUCGCAGCGGUCAUUUUCUCGACGGUUCACGUGGGGCUGUGAUGGAUGAGAAGAAUGACCUCUUUGGUACAUGAUCUAUCCAGCAAAUCACAGUAGUUCAUGUGUAGUGAGGAAUAUGUGGUAUUUUGUAGGGAUAGGAUGGUAAAUGUACCUUCAUUUUAUUCUGUUGAA